UUUCUUCCUGUUUUCCGGGUAAUGAAGUGAAACUACAGCUGCUUCGAGACUAAGCUGUCCUGCUUUAUUUUGCAAGUUUAUCACCGGUUCUUUGUUGGAGGCUGUCAGGAUGUCAGUUGUUAAGAUGACUGAGGGGAGUGUGCAGGUGGAGAGCUGCAAGGCGCCACUGUUCUACAGACAAAGUGAACCGGCCACAGGGGAAGUGAGGAUGUCGGUUUUACUUCUUCACGGCAUCAGGUUCUCAUCAGAAAACUGGCUCAGCAUCGGCACUCUGGACACUCUGGCCAAAGCAGGCUGCCGUGCGGUCGCCAUCGACCUGCCAGGACUUGGCCGGUCUAAAUCAGCCGAGGCCCCGGCAGCAGUUGGAGAACUGGCCCCUGCAGGUUUCCUAAAAGAGGUGUGUGAACGGCUGAGCCUGAGCCCGGUGGUGGUGAUCAGCCCGUCCCUCAGUGGGAUGUACUCCCUCCCAUUCCUCCUCCAGCACCAGGCUCUGAUACGAGCCUACAUCCCUGUAGCUCCCAUCUGCACCGACAAAUUCACAGCAGAGCAAUACCAGAGUGUGAAGGAUAACUUCAACACAACCGUGAAUGUGAACUCCAUUUUCCAGCACCUUCUUCCCUGAGGAUUUUUAUUUUAUACAUGUGACCAUGAGAGGAGCAGAUAUCAUGUGACUUUAUACUUUCACAAACGCCACUGGCUUUCAUCCAGCUGCCAACUAUUUCAAAAUAAAAUGCUUUAGAUGGCAAACCAAGUUGAAGGUACAUUAUCCGUGAAGGAGAGGGGAAACAGUGACAAUGAUACCAAAGUGGGCUGUUUAUAGCAUGUAUAAAUACAUACAGAAAAACAGAUAAAAGGCAUGUGGUGAAAGGUAACUUGAAUCAACUGCAUUUAUUUGACAGCUAUUAGUUUCUUUGCAGGUUUUAGAUAUAUCUAAGUGGUUCAAAUUAGCUCCAUCUUGACAUAGUGCAACUUAAAACCUAAAUUCUGCUUACGCGUUAAGGCAUCAGUAAUUAUGAUGCAAUUAUAAAAUAGUAAAACACUCAUUGGCCAUUUUUAAUGGGAGCUUUUACUUUUUAUACACGUUACGUUUUUACAAGUGAAAGUAUUACUCAGCCAGUGAAAAUAGUCGCAUAAUGUCUUCUGUGGCUCUGGAGGAGCUUUCAAAAGGCUCAGAAAAUAACCCUGAUGACGACUUAGUGAUGCCAUCUUGGUUUGGUUUAUAACAGAAAGGCUGUGUCUUAAAUCACCCACUACUCACUAUAUAGUGGACUAUAUAGUGAGCUCGCCAUUUUGUAGUGCUGUCCAAAUGUAUAGUGAGAAUUUUACCCUAUAUAGUGGACUCAAAAUAUCCCAGAAUGCCUUUUUCAAAAGUAGUGUACAACUGAUGGUCACUAACCGAUCUGUAUGUACCAUCAUGUAUUACGCUGAUAGACAAAACAUUCCACCAACUGAUUGUCCGACAGCUAUGACGUAAUUAACGGCACAGACAUAAUGAUCGGAGUAGUGUCCGAAAGUGUUGUUUUCAUUUUGCGGGUGAGCUCACUAUAUAGUCCUCUACAUACAAUUCACUAGCUAGGGAGUAGAGAGUAGUGAAUGAGUGGUUAUUUUGGACACAGUCAAAGCCUUUCAUUACAAACUGUAGACAAAAAGAUGCUACUGAGUAGUAUUUUGGAAAUUGUAGGUUCCAACUUUUUUCGAAAUGUGAUGUCCAAACUCACCAGAAGGCUGAAGUGUUUAUAUCUCUUACAAAUGGCCACUCGAAGGUGGGGUGACAGGUGGGUCACCUGGGGGUGUGUGUAACUGGGUGCAAUAAUAGUUUAACUAUGGGGAUGAUAACGCACAAUUUCUUUUGACUGUUUUUGAACAUUCGACAAACACACUGGAUUCUGAUGAAGUAUGUUAAAAGUCAGGAUAAUUCGGCCUCAAUUGCUUCCUUUUGCUUCUCUGUUUAAUCUGUAUUUUGAAAGUCCUCCAACUUUAUGUAAAUGCCAAACUAAACCACUGGAGUACCUUUUUAAUGCAGGACUUUUACUUUGUAAUGGAGUAUAAUUAUAUUGGUGCAUUGUGACUUUUAUUUCAGUGACGACUUUUUCCAUAGCUAAUGUGAUGUGAAUAUUAUUAUUAUACCAUUAAGGCCUGCUAGACUAGUCUGUUCCUACCCUUUUAUUUAUUCUCAUUGACAUGAAGACACAUAAAUGAGUCACACUUAAGAAAAAUGAAAAGCUUGCUUUUUAUCUUUUUAUAAGACCUGUUUGAAUGUUUUUUUAAACUUGAGGUAAAAUACAGGACACCCACAAAAUCCCAUUAGCUACGGGUUUGAAUUUAAAAACAGAUUUUUUUUUUUUUAAAGCCAGAAAGGAUCUCUUUGUCUUCAUGUGAAGCUUUUGUGUCCC